AUGGUGCGCCGCCAAGAGUCGGGGACCGGAAAUUCCAGCUUUUACUAUGACUGCUGCGACGACGAGAAGGGUGUGAGAGCCAUCUGGACCUGCACUGCCCCCACCAAGGAUCACCGUGUUGUGAUGUGGAUCAAUGGCGUUGGGUUCAACUCCGAACUCCCGGCCAUUUCUGACGCCUACGGAAGCGCCAACACUGCCGGACUUGGAAACCCGACCACCCCUGUCGAGCUGUUCUGCAGCACCGAAACCGGAAAAUGGGUCCUCCGCAACCCUACUAAUGACAACUGGCAAUUGGGCGGCCGCAACUACUACCUCCCCAUCAGCGACCUCACCUGCCAGACCGAAUAUGUCGGAGACAGGAAGCAA